ACGCAGUUUGUGAAUUUUUCGUAAGCCCAUCUGCAGAUGUUUUCGUCGCUGCUGCCAAUAUUUUGACGUUCAUACCGUUUGCGUAUUUCGCAGAGACCAGUUAACGCGCUCGUAAAAUCGCAAAAAACACACUUAACGCGUUCGUUUGUUCUGUUUUUGUAAACACAUUGCAAUUGGCCUGCAUUUUGCAUAAUUUACGCAACGAAGGCAACUGCGUGAGUGCACCAACCAACACACACACACACACAGCCGUGCAAAAGAGAGCCAAAGAGAGUGAGGAGCGCAGGCGAGUUGGCAGCCAAAGGCAAAAAAUCAAAGUCUGUCGAAAAUCCACCAUAAAAAUAGAUCAAAAUGACGCGCUUGAAACAUUUCUCAGCAUAGAACGACUAUUAAUCGAAUUAAGUUUUAAAUAAUACCCAACGACCGUGGAAAAACCAAACACAGUGCCAAAGCAACGCAACGACGCAUAAACGCUAGUUAAUAAUAAAAGUGCAUAAAAUAUUCGUAUUCCAAACAUCUUCCGUCAUCAAAAGUGCUAAAAAUUCGUCACCAUGUCGCGUUCAAGUAGUUUGUUUUUUAAUUCGGCUGCCAAGUUAGAGACUAAAAAACUUAAUUGAUUCGAUCAAGAAAAGUGAGAACCACCAGCAGUGAAAAUACAACAACAGCAGCAUAAUCACUUUCAAAACCAGUUUUUUUCGCGAAGAGUGUUCCAGAAAAGUGCAACAUCACAUUCCCACACAGUAUAUGCACACACAUACAUACAUAUAGGUACAUAUAUCAGAGCAUCCAGAGCAUCCAGGGAAACGACCCACAGCACCCACUUCGGUUAAUCUCGCUUGGUAAUUAAGGGUUCAUCGCCUAAUGGCAAGUUCGCUCAACAAGACGAGACACAGGCGCAGACUGGCUGCGAUCUCGUUCCUAUCGAAUAUCUCGUUAGAUGGCACCCAUCGGGACACCAAAUUCGGCGCAACAUUCGGCAGCAGCCUGCUCUGCAACCAGAAUAAGAACCCAUCCUCGCUGGGACUCGGCUCGGGGGGCUUUCAUCCGCACUAUCAGCAGCACCACCAUCAGCGCAGCCACUCGGCGACGCAUCACAACCACCAGAAGCGGCAUCAUACGCAGCAGCAGCAACAGCAACACACCCAACAGCAGCAGCAGCAGCAACAUCAGCAGCAGCAUCAACAGCAGCAGCAGCAUAAUCAGCAACACCAGAAUGGCGCCCUCUGUUCGCCGCUCCUCUGCAGCGCCGAUGUCCACAUGGGCAUCGAUGGCGGCAUCGGGCUGGGAUUGGGACUGGAGGACUGCGCCACCGGUGCCAGCGAUGGGGACGGGCAUUUUAGUGAAACUGAAAAUAUGGGUCAAUACCUGAUGAACGUCCUGCCGGCCGCCGAUCACAAUCGCAGCAGCAUUGUGCCGGCCGAGAGACGCAACAUAAAGCGCCCGACCUCGUCGGGUCGUCACAACCACCAGGCACCGGGCAAUGGCAAUAUGGGCAAUAAGCUCCAACAGCAGCAGCAGCAGCAGCUCAAGUUGCAGCAGCAGCAACAGCGGCAGGCACGGAGUUGCGCCGCCGGCAGCGGAGGAUCGGGUGCCGAGAGCGGCAGCGAUUCGGACAGCGUCAAGAUACCGCUCAAGGUGUCCAAUCUGGGCAGCGGCGGUGGCGUGGCCGGCGGAGCGGGCAGCAAGCUAUUGCCGCUGAGGGAACGCACCUUCAGCAAUGGGGCAAGCGAUCAGAACUUGCAGCCGGAGCGGAGGGCACGUUUGAACACGGCGCCGGGUAUGCGGGUGGGCUCCAAUUCGAGCAUUGCCAUGGGCGGCGGUCUGAAGCGCACCUAUGUCUUGAGCGGAUCGAGCGUCAGCCACAUCACCGACGACAGCAGCACGGAGAGCCUGACUCCGGCGGGAAACUAUGCGGGCAGUUUCCGGAACAGCCUCAGCAAGUCGGUCCAGAUCAGCGAUAGCCGGCGUGGAACCUCCGGCCAGCCAUUGGGACUUGGACAGGCGCGGGAUGAGCGAAUGGUGCUGGUGUCGCGCAAGAUUCCGUUCUUCAUAUUCUCCUCACUUCCCUACUACAAGGGCAAGAAUGGAAGAGCUGAGUUUCGCAAGGAGGAUCGUCGUCGUCGGAAUCCAUCCACUUCGCGUCCUUUGAGCUCGAUCAAUGAUGCACCAUUUGAUCCCUUUGAUUUGCUGGGAAUACAGAAGGCCGAAAGUGGUCAGGACAUAUCAUAUGGUCAUCUGCUGAUACCUUCACGCCAGUACGAAAAGGAGCGCAAGAAGCAUGGCAAUGCAUCGGCGAAUCCUUCCAUCUUUGAGAACCAAAUGGAGAUCACGAGCACAGCGGCGCUCAAGAAUCAUGGCAUUGCGAGCACAAAAACCAUAACCAAACGUCAAGGCAAAUGGUGCUUCACUUAUGAGAACAACAACCGCAAUAGUGCAACCAGUCCGACGCCGGACAUGAAGCUGGAUAUGGACAUAGAGAGUGUUAUCCUGGGCGGAGACUCAUCGCGUGGACAAGUGUACUCCGCUAGCAUUUUGGACGAUCCGGAGUUGAUUGCCGGAAAGCAUCGCACGUUGCUGACCUUCACCUCGUACAUGACCUCGGUCAUUGACUAUGUGCGCCCAUCCGAUCUUAAGAAGGAGCUGAACGAUAAGUUUCGCGAGAAGUUCCCCACUAUCCAGCUCACGCUGAGCAAGCUGAGGAGCAUUAAGCGCGAAAUGCGCCGGAUCAACAAGCUGGACUCGCGCAUCGAUCUGGUGACCAUAUCGCAGGCGUACGUGUACUUCGAGAAGCUCAUCCUGGCCAAUUUGAUUAACAAGAGCAACCGCAAGCUGUGCGCCGGCGCCUGUCUGCUGCUCAGCGCCAAGAUGAACGACGUGAAGGGGGACGCACUCAAGAGCCUCAUCGAGAAGACGGAGAGCGUGUUCCGGCUGAAUCGCAAGGAGCUGAUCUCGUCGGAGUUCGCUGUGCUGGUGGCGCUGGAGUUUAGCCUGCAUGUGAGCCGGCACGAGGUCCUGCCCCACUAUCAGCGGCUGCUCUACGAGUCCUAGGACUGGCCCAAGCGCUGCGCCGAGAAGAGUUUCCUGGCGGCAGCGCAGGCGGUACAGCAAUUGUGUCGCAAGGGCAGUCGCAAGUAGGCGUCCGUACUUAUAGCAUACUUUCGGGUGUUGGGUUUUCAACGAUCGUAUUGAUAAUAUUGCCUAGGCUUAGGGCGUAGCUAAAUAAGUUUUGCUAAAACAGUCACAAAACUACAAAAAACAAAAACAAAACAAUUUAAAAAACAUAGAAAAAAAAAA